AUCAACAUCAUCAACAUGAAAUUCGCCAUUGCCGUCAUCUUUACUCUGGCCCUCGCCAUGGGAGUGCAGUCCUCGGUGAUUCCUCUGGUCUCACAGCUGGCAGGUCAUGGUCUGUCCUACACAGCCGUCUCUGGACCCGUAGUGGCCGCUCCUUGGGUUGCUCCUGCUGCCCAUUGGCCCGCUGCUGUAUCUGUGGGUGCCUGGCCUCAUGUUGCCCCUCAUGUGGUUGCCGCACAUGCUCCCGCCGUGGUUGCUGCCCAUGCUCAUGCUCAUGCUCCCGUUGUGGUUGCUGCCCAUGCUCACGCUCACGCUCAUGCUCACGCUCCCGCCGUCGUUGUCGCUCCCGUUGCCCAUGAGGGUGUCUACACUGCCCAGACUCGUGGCGCUGUUCACACUGCUCCUCUCUCUGGUCACAUCCAGUCGGUGGCUUCCAUCAACGCUGCUCCCGCUCCCGGCACUCUUUAAGUGCAACCGUCCUGCCAAUUAAAACUACGAUUUGACCCCGUCACGCUAUGACAUGGAACUGCCAGAAGCUGAUGCCAAAGGACAUCACGAUUUUAACAUAUAUAUACUCGUAAAUGAAUGUUGUAAAUAUAUAGUAUAUACUUAUAAACAGGGUACUCGCACCAGCCAUCCAAAAUUUCCAUUCGAUUGCACCCUCAAUUCCUUUUCUAUUUAUUCAAAAAAGAACAUUUUCGUAACAUAUUUCCAACUGUGAAAACGACUUUCUUCCUAGACAAUAAAUCUAUGUAAAAAAGUUAAA